AUGGAUAUCGCCUACGACCACAUCCAGGAGGAGAUCUUUAACUCCAAUGACGCCUCCAAGAAGGCCGAAUCAUCCUCCUCAACAGAUUCCGACAAGACAGAACGUCCGACCGUCGACCUCAACACCGAGUUGCAGGAGACCUUCCGCGCGUUCUCCGCAAGCCCAUGGGGCGUCCGUAUCGGCGGGCUGUGGGAUAAUGUCCGCAAACAGGGCGAGACGUACUACGAAGGUGCGCGUCAGGAGUACGCAGCGGCCAGCGAGGAAGCCGUCAAGGGCUUUUCCGACCUGAAGGAGACUAUCGUUGGUCGCACGCGCGGGCUGUCGCUGAGCACGGCGUUUACUACCGGAAACACAACGGAGAGCGCAAGGAAUGAGACUCCGACACCGACGACCGCUGAGGGCCAGGGGGAGAAGAGCGCCGAGGCGGGUGCCUCUGGGGAGGGGUUCCUCUCUCGGUUCAAGGCCGAGGCCGCGAGACGGCUGAAGGAGAUCGAGAAGGCUGAGGAGGCGGCUGACGAGGCCAUCCUGCGGUUCGGAAUGAACAUUGGGCAGAAGCUGCGCGAGGCUGUUAGCAUUGUUCCCCCGGAUGAGGAAUCGUCCAGCAAACUGCUCUUCGAGAGUAAGGAUGCCGACGGCAAGAGGGUCAUCCAUGCCACGCGGUUCGAGGCUCAGCUACAUGUCAUUCACUCCAACCUCGACAGUUUCACCAAGGACCCUGUCAGUGACAAGUGGGCUGCUUUCAAGGACGAGUUCAAUGUGGACAACAAGACCGAUGCGAUCGCGGUGGACCUGGAGAAGUACCCUGAGCUGCGCAGUGCGAUGGAGAAGCUUGUGCCGGAGAAGGUUGACUAUGCCACUUUCUGGUGCCGGUACUACUUCCUUCGCCUUGUUAUUGAGACUGAAGAGCAGAAGCGCAAGGAGCUGUUGAAGGGAGCCCACGAUGAUGAGGAAGAGGUUGCUUGGGACGAUGACUCUGAUGACGACACUGAUUCUCCCUCCACGCCCCAAGUCAAGGCUGACAAGGAAACCAAAGCUACCACCACCGGCGACAAGGACACACCGAAGCCGACCGAGGCCCGUCGGUCCAACGAUCAACAGUCCCAGGCGGACAGUGAAUCCAGCUAUGAUCUUGUGAGCGGCGCCACCAGUCGGACGCCAGCCAGUCCCAAAGACAAGAAGGACGACGACAGCGAUGAUGACUGGGAAUGA